AUGGCGGCGGCCAUCGGGGCGGGUGUGGGGCGGCUGGGCCCGAGGCUGGGUUGGAAGACUGCAGAGUCUGUGCUGUGUCCUGCUCGAGCUGCUCCAGCCUGCCUUGUUAUCCCAGUGAGGACGAAGAAGAAGCGCUACUUUGUCCCAGAGUGGGCCAGGGAACUGACCCCUGAGCAGAAGGAGCAGAGACUCAAGUCCUCAGGGCUCAUAUUUCCUGAGGAACAUGUAGAAAGGACCUUCUACUUGGCCUGCACAGCUGGCAUCAUUGACCCUUAUGUCCCUCCUGAGGGGGACGCUCGCCUGACCUCCCUCUCCAAGGAUGGGCUGAAGCAGAAGAUGGAGAAGCUGAAGCAAAGUGCUGCCUCCCAGCUGGCGCUGCGGAAGAUCAAAGAUCAUGAUCCAGAUUUUAGCACCAAAACCUUCCCAGAGCAAGCUCAGGAGAUCUUUAUUGAAGCUCACAAUUGCCUGACCAACUUUAACAAGCAGAAACUUCACUCCCUGGUCACAGAGCACUGCUACCCGGAGAUGGUCCGUGGCAACAGGUACAGGACCCUCAGGUGGAGCUUUGUGGAGUCCCUGGAGCCUCCCAGGGUGGUUCACCUGCGCUGCGACAGCAUCGUCAACAAGGGCAACCUCUAUGGCCAGGUGACAGUGAGGAUCCACACCAGACAGACUCUGGCAAUUUAUGACCGCUUUGGGCGCCUGAUGUACGGUGGGGAGCAGGCCCCCAAGGAUGUCUUGGAGUAUGUGGUGUUUGAGAGGUACUUGGUCAACCCCUAUGGCACCUGGAGGAUGCAUGGCAAGAUUGUGCCAGACUGGGCUCCACCCAAGGAGCCUAUCAUUAAGACUGUGAUGAUUCCUGGCCCAACCUUGGAUCCCUCUCAAGAGUAUGAAGAAGCAAAGUAGGAAGUUCAGAACCUGCACAGGGCAGGGCAGACAACCCUGGAGGGAAGAGGAGGAGAUGUCAGUGGAGGUAGCAGCUUGGAUGUGGCUCUGCCUUGCCAAGAAGCAGGCACCAAACCAGGAGGCCUCAGAAAUGGACUCCCCAGCCCCCAGAGGCCUCAGAAAUGGACUCCCCAGCCCCCAGAGGCCUCAGAAAUGGACUCCCCAGCCCCCAGAGGCCUCAGAAAUGGACUCCCCAGCCCCCAGAGGCCUCAGAAAUGGACUCCCCAGCCCCCAGAGGCCUCAGAAAUGGACUCCCCAGCCCCCAGAGGCCUCAGAAAUGGACUCCCCAGCCCCCAGAGGCCUCAGAAAUGGACUCCCCAGCCCCCAGAGGCCUCAGAAAUGGACCCCACAAACC